CAGAAUGGGCCAAAUUAGGGCUGACUGUGACUGAUAUGGUCAACGGCCAUAUGGAAUCAUCAUAUUCAGUUGAAACGGGCGAGUGGUCGGCGCCCAAAUUUGUCGCGGAUCCCUUUCUGCGCGUGCACGGACUGGCACCCGCCCUCAAUUACGGACAGCAGGUUUAUGAGGGCCUCAAAGCCUACCGGACGCCGACCGGUCAGAUUCAAGUCUUCCGCCCACGGUUCCAUGCCACUCGCAUGCAACACUCGGCCAGCGUCGUGUCCAUUCCCCCGGUGCCGAUCGACCACUUUAUUGCCGCUGUCAACGCCGCCGUGGCGCACAACGCCGAAUGGGUUCCCCCGCACUCCAGCGGCGCCGCCCUGUACAUCCGGCCGCUGUUGUUUGGGUCCAGCGGGCAUUUCAUGCUGACGCCGCCCAACGAGUACACGUUCUGCGUCUACGUCCAGCCCUUCAGCACCUACCACGGCAUCGCGCCGUUGCCGGCGGUGGUGCUGGAGGAAUUCGAUCGCGCGGCACCCAGGGGAACCGGCCAUGCCAAGAUUGGCGGCAAUUACGCGCCCGUGAUGAAGUGGUCCGGACUCGCCAUGAAGGAGGGAUUCCCCAUGACCCUGCAUCUGGAUAGCAAGACCGGAACCGAAAUCGACGAGUUUUCCACCUCCGGCUUCCUGGGCGUCCGAAUGGAGAAGAAUGCCGGACAAGAGGACCAGGUGGUGUUGGUCGUGCCAAAGAGCGACAACAUCAUCAAUAGCGUCACUUCGGAUAGUGUGCUGGAGAUCGGCAAAGCCUUGGGCUACCAGGUUGAACACCGCCCGGUCAAGUACACGGAAUUGUCGACCUUUAGCGAGGUUAUGGCUGUGGGCACCGCGGCAGCUUUGGUCCCUAUUCGCUCGAUCAAGCACAAGUCGCGCGCAGAAGAUUUUGUGUUCACAGAGGACAAGACCGCAGGCCCGAUCUGUCAGAAGCUAUAUGCCGAGUUGACGAGCGUCCAGCGCGGCGACAGUGAGGAUCGCUUUGGAUGGUGUUUUGAGGUGGAGAGUGCAUGAGUAUGUUGUGCGUCAAGGUUUAAAGGGGCUGUGUUGUGCAUGAAGGAUUCAAGAAGACGGAAAUAAUAGAAAUAAGAUAAUAAGAUUGAUAUUUAUGCAUGGAAAUAGAAUAAGACAGCU